AACCACUUGACAUAAAAUGACUAAAAUGUAAGGACAAAGUGAGAGCUUUCUUGAUGCACUUCAAAUCGAAAUUAUUAAUCGGAUUGUCCGCGAAGAAACUGAGACUUCGAUAAAAACCUUUUCGCCUUAUACGUCAGUGUCAAGAAGUUCCUUAUAUUUAACGGAGUUACCGAUCAAUUAUUAUGCGCAUCAAAACAAAUAUAGAGAUAUCUUCUGGUAAUAUUCGAACAAUUCAAGUAGCUGUCUUGUGUUUAAUAUAACGGAUUGAUAUAAACGCUCUGCUGACUGAAUUCCUGUUGACCGUAUCAAACGGAUUUGACCACACACACAAUGUUCAAAGCGUGGUCUACAUUCUGGGCAAACAGAACGAGGUAUGUGUACUCAGUUAUAAGUCAUAAAGGAAGUUAUUUGCUAAACAGGCAUGCAAAGAACUCUCUGUUCACGAGGACUCUUGUGCCCUUUGCUAUUUCCGAAACAAAACUGAAUGAUUGGGUAAUUCAUAGUGAAUUCGCAGAUGACAAGAUGUGUUUUCUUUGCCAUACUAGACGUGAAAGGCGAUUAGCCAUUGGCAUAUAGCGGGGUUACACGGGAAGUCGUUGUAUUAAUAUUAAAGCAUAAUUAAAGCAUGCAUUGUUUAUUAUACUCGCUGCCGACGUGAUAUGCGUUGUAUACAUAUUAUAAACGUCAAUACGUAUUUAUAUAUAUUGAAGCAAUAUAUAAAGUUAUAUGCGUGAUUUAGUCAUGACUAUUUAGUUUAUUUCCUAUGCAAGAAACAAGGGCAAGGAGGACAAGGUUUAAAUGUCCCCGCCAGCGCUUGGCUCGUAACUUUUAACAGUCUUUUUUAAUGAUUUUAAUUUUUGUAAAAAAAUUUUUGUCAUUGUCAUUGACAACUGUGCGGAGUAUUUAGUGAGAAAUAUAACAUCUUUAGUAUACUUCAAAAAUCAUUGAAAGCUCUAUGGAGUAUAGUAAAGGUCAGUGUAUUGUAAAAUACAUUUCUUGAUUUUCAGUCACACACUAGUGCAUGGACCAUCGUGUCAAUUUAUGCUACCGAUUUGGGGUACAAAGAAUAGGAGAUUAUAUUGGUAUAAUACAUGAUAGCGGUUUAAUUUCUAUGUGUUUAAUUAAAACCUUUUCCAAGAAGUACUUAGCAGUAAUCAACUUAUUCAAAUCAAGUCAAGUAUUUUGAGAUUUUCACUAGUGUGUAAUGUGCGUCAUAAUCGGCGCGUGAUAGGCAUUACUAGACUUCUAUUAAUAUAGCUAAGCUGAACUACUUGAUGUGCUAACUGGACAAAUCUGACUCUAGAAUGAGUAGAAUCUGAUAUAAUAAUCUAGAGUAACAUGCUACAAAGUCUCGAGAUUGGUUUGACGAGAAUUGGCAGUCACGAGCAAUCACCACAUCUCUCAAAUCUAGCCUAGUCCCAGGCCUUCUCGCGUGGCUGGUUGGGCUCUGGAGAAGGCCUAGCAAAAUUCGUUAAUUAAUUAUGAACUUACCCAAACUUUCAGCACAUAUACGUUCUUCCAUUUACCAAAAUAUCUUCAUUCUUCAUCCAAAGCCAUGUACUAAUUAUCGGCAAAAACAUCGAUUUAAAUAUGUCAACUGGAAGGCCAAAAAUGCUUCCCAAGAAGGACAGUCUGGGAAUUUUGCUUAGCCUUCUCGCUUCCGCCUCUCGCCAGACUUCCCAAGCAAGCAAGCGUAACAAACUGAGCUUGCGCGCGCCAUGAUAAAUUGAAUGACGUCACAACUAUUACUGACGUCAUGUAACAUGAAGUGAAGUGGACACAACAGAAAAACAUUUGUAACAAAUGAGAAGUUUUCAAUCACAUGAUAAGUCCAACGUUGCCUUCAAGUUUAUCUUUACUGGUCUAGCAGCUCUAACACUUCUGUUUGUCAUCUGUGUCGUAUUUUCUGUCUGGUAUUUUGUAAGGUACGAAAUGACCACAGAUAAGAAUUUAAGAAAAGCGCAUCCAUUCUAACACACGUGUUUAUCUAAAUUCCACAUUAUUUAUGUAGCAGUCUACUACAGGGGCCGGUUAUCAACCAUGGUUGUUCAAAACUCGGUAACCGCGAAUCCUGGGUUAAAAUUAACCCAUUGUUCCGGUUUGUGAAUCUUUGUUUUAAAUCUUUGGAAAAUAAAACUAUAAAUGAUCUAGACAAGAUUUUUGGUGAACAUUCGAGCCGAAGGCCGGAUAGCGCUAUUCGCCGGAUGGCAAUUUUUUAAAGUUUUCUAAAAUUAUCUGCUGAUUCGUAUUGCCAAGGUUAAUCUUUAGUAUUUAAAAAUUACAGUUCCUUUGUCGUAAUUGUGAGGUCAUAUCCGUAACUUUAUUGCUUUUCAAGUUUUUUUUUGGUAACGGUUGAAAAAAUCCCGGUGGAUAGCGCUAUUUCCUGCCUUCGUACGCACAGCCCUUGCCUUGGCCUUGGCCUUGGACUGCAAUUCGUUGAAAUGAAUUUCUAAUUUUUUUAUAGAAAACGAAGAGAGGAAAAACUACGACAUUCCCAACACAUCGAAAACACGUUUUCGGAGCGUCUAGCAAGCAGAAGCGUAGCGGGAAAAAGCAGUUCCAAGAUCGAUGUUGGUUUCACUUCACAACAAACUUUGAAUCAGGAUCCCGAGGACGGCGAACGGCGACCGACGUUGUCAAGAUUUUUAAGAUUGUGGAAAGGUUUGAGAAAUUCGACACGAAAAGCUGCCAGUGACGAGCCAACGAGAAGCGUUGUGUUUACCAUACCAACGGAAGAUGUUUUUCCAAAAGGUUAGUCAGGGGGGGGGUAUAAGAGAAGGCAUGAAAUAGCGAGGGGCGGGGAGGGGGUUAACUAUAUAUAGUAAGACCCUUUCACAUUCUUGGUCCAUUGUCAUUGUUGGUCAAACCUGAUCUAACAUAAUCCAACAUCAAUCAACAUUCAGAUGAAACAUGAUAUUCAAACAUUUUAUAAUCUCGUCAAAACCUAAAACACGAUGCAUAUUUGGACCAUAUUUCACCUACUUUAUUUCACGAAUUUGUAUUUGGCAACUACACACGCACAAAUCUCACAUCCUGUAGCAAGUCUGCCAACAAGUUGUGUUCGCACUGCUUGUCCCAAGUUGUCAACAAGUAUGGAACAACUUGUUACAGGUUUGCAAACAAGUUGUUACAAGUCUGCAAACAAGUUGUCACAUAUCUGUUCACAAGCUGUCGACAAGUUGUGUUCGCACUGCUUGUUCCCAGUUGUUGUAACAAGUUUGUAACAAGCUGUUAACAACUUGUAACAAGCUUGAUGGCAUGGCAGAUUUGUUACAAGGUUGUUCUAACAAGUCUGAUACAGUCAUGACAUAACAAGAAUGUUGCAAUGUUGAAAACACAAGGUUGCAACAAUAUUGUUAUAUCAUGCAUGACUGUAUCGGACGUCUUGGAACAACCUUCCAACAAGUCUGAUAAUAUCAAUAAGGUUGUUACAAAACUGUUAACAAGUCGUUUCAUAUUUGUUGACAAUUUGGGACAAGCAGUGCGAACCGCACUUGUCGACGGCUUGUUGGCAGACUCGCUACAAGAUGUGAGAUUUUUACGCAUGAACUUGUCGACAGAUUUGUAACAACAUGUUUGCAGACCUGUAACAACUUGUGCGUUUUUACAUGUGCAGUCUUAGUAAUCAUUCUCUUAUCUGGUGCAAAUAUAUGAAGUCCGACUUUGCUUUCUUCGCUAGCUCACACAAGGCAACAGACAUACCGUCAAGAUGCUGUUACUCAGACGGAUGGUUUUAAGACUCAUUUGUGCGAGGUCCAUCGAAUUACUAAUGAUAUAACUGAAGACUGCAGUCAUCACGACUUGCAUCACCUAGAUGACGAGCUCGAUACCAUUUGUGAAAAUGAAGUGGAAACAUGUCAAGUGGAAGCUACAACUGAAAUUUCAAAUAACGAAAGUGAAAGUACAGAAACCAGCCCGGCGCUUGUGGGAGGGCAAACAAAUGCACCGGACAGGAAAACUAGCGACGAAAAAUACCUACAAGGCAAAGAGGAGGGGAAAUCGUUUUCAAAGGAAAGCGAUGUUGAUUCGGGGUGCGGCUCCUCAUGCCAUGAAAUGUACGCCACAGAACCUCAGAUAACGCAUGCGCAGUUAAACGUUUCAUCACUUGUUUAUUGUCAUGCGCAGAAGACGGAAGCAAAUGAAAAAGACAAGUUUUUGGAUAAGGUUUCAGGCACGCCGCAUGAAAGUAAAGAACUUGAAAAAUCAGGGUCCUCUUUAACAGGCAAAAUCCCUUGUGAAACGAAGGCACAACGUGUUCCGAAAGAGCAAUGGUCUGAGUUUCAGAAAUCAGAGGCGGCAGGUGAUUCUUUUGAAGAAUUAAUUAAACUGGCCAAAGAUGGCAUGAGCACUCUGGCACGCAAACGUGUCGAUGACGGGAGCAAAAGGAACAAGAUUUCAGAUUGCUUUCAAGCUACUAGACUAGUUGAUAAUAUAUGCAAAACUCGAGACGCUUCGACGAAUACUGAUGAAGCGCUUAGCAACGAGAAGAGCUUAGAUUUAAGGACUGAAUCUCAACUAUGUCUUGACGCACGCAAAGUUGACUCUGGGGUCAAAAGUGCAUCGUCUGCGUCUUUGUGCUUAGACGGUAGAAACAACAUUGGUGAAAUAUUGCAGUCUGAGGAAAACCAGUCUGAUCCAUCUACUGGUAAAACUUUGCUUUCUGCAACCACAGAAAAUCAUAUGCAACAAUCUAUUGAUAAAAUCUCGCACUGCGCAACUAUUGGAAACCAAUCUGACAUGCCCACGGGCAAAAUAGCACACAAUACAACAACAGACAAGCGACCUGACAAAUCUACUAGUUCAGCAGCGACAUGUCUAGUCGAAAUACCUAUAAUAGCUGUGGAUAACUCAUUAGAAACAGCAAGCGAAAAUCCCGAGCCUUGCUCCACAGAGGAUUCAUUAUGCCAUGACAUACAACUGGUAAAUAAGGACCAAUGUAAACAAGAAAGCUCACAGGAGGAAACGAACAAGAGUUGUUGUAAUAAUGGAGAAACAACACAUUCCAGCCAAAAGGCUGUAACAUUCGACAAACCACAUCACAUGCCUCUGCGAAUUCAGGAAAGCUUGUUGAACAACGGUCAGAUACCAGAGAAAAGUAGCAGACCAAAAAGUUUGGUGCUACCGUCAGCAAGCGAAAACAACAAAACUGGCAAAGCCGUGCACGGUUUGAAGGUACCGAGCCUCGAGACAUUGAAUCUACCAUCUCAAACUGCAGAUCAUACUGGGAGAAUUCGAUCGUUCUCCGCGACAAUUCGUAGAAAACUAUCAUUCCGCGAACGAAGCAGCCCAGACGAUACGGAUAUCGAAAAACAAGGCGAGGUCGAGCCCAAGAGCAGGAAACUCAAAGGCUUUCGCAGUUUUCGAGUUAAUAGGAAGAAAAAGACAAAAGCGUUAAAAUCUGAGGAAAUAAGUCAUUCUACUGGGCAUCUUUCAGAUUCUACGAACUAUUCGUCGACCAUUGAUAAAAUUUUCCAUGAAAAUACCGGAAGUGCUCUAUUCUCUGACGUGCCUUUUACUAUUCCUGAAAUUCCAGAACAAUAACAGGGUUAGUCGUAUAAAACAUUAAAAACAUAUUCUCUAAAACAUCGAACAGUGAAAACAUGUUAUUCUCAAAACAUUAAGUACAUAUAUCUUCAAAACAUACAUUACUGUGAAAAAACAACACUUUUGAAUGCAUUUUCAAUUUGCCACAUAGCCUCAUUUUAUGUGUACAUUUAUUUUUUCCUAACUUUUUUUGUACAUAAAUGAAGAAGCUUUAAAGGACGAAAUGUUACUUUUAUAAACACGUGUAAGUCAUUUGUUAAGUACGAUAUUUUCCCCCCAGAAUUAUACGCUGUAUUUUUGUAAAAAAGUGUAUUCUUGGAGUUUGCGUGUGUGUGAAAAAAUAUCAAAGUAUAUUAAUUAUGGGUAUAAAAAUAGUGGAUCUAACGGACAUUACCCAAGGACAAAUUGAUUAAAUUUUAUUUAUUUAUAUGAUAAAAAUUGGACGGUUCAUUAGCAAACGUUUGUCUUGUUUUGCUGAGCAGAGCAAACUGAAUACGUAAUUAGCCCAUUGUAAAAAUCUCACAGUUUGUCAACAAGAUGUGUUCGCAACAGGUUUGUAGCAAGCUUGUCAACAAGUUGCAACAAUGCUGUUAUUUUAUCAAGUUGCUACAAGGUUGUCACUCACAACUUGUAACAAGUCUGUUGAGGUCAACAACCUUGUCGGCUGUAGCAAGUUGUCAACAAGCCGUUGACAACUUGUCAACAAGCUAGGAACAAGCAGUGCGAACACAUCCUGUUGACAAGUUGUUGGAGCAGCAUUGCUACAAGUCUGCUGCAGGUUUGUUACAACUUGUUUUUACAUGUGUAGUUUGUAAUGUGACGCUUUGUGGCCCACCCACGAUAUACUCAAAUUUCACACAAAAUAACGCAUUCUAUUUCUUUAUUAUUGUUUGCGGUUAUAUAAAAUCUAUAUUAUGCUCUACAAACUAGGAUUAAGAAUUUAAACGAUUUACUAACUGAAAACAUUAACUCAGGACUACAACUUUAUACGUUUUACAUAUACACGCUGUACGUAUUAGACAAGUAUUAUUAUUGUGGGUUAGUACAUAUUAUUUGGUGUUAGUAUAUUGUAUAUAACGUAUGUGUACCACACAUGGUAUAGUGUGGUACAUUGGUCAUUAGCUAUGAUGAAAUCGUUAUCAUACAUUGGUUAGGCAGUGAUACAUAUACAACUGCUAUAUAUAUAUUCAAGUAGAAUUUCGAAAAUCAGAAAAUAUUUUCUUUGCCACCGUGAGCAAACAGGAAACAAAACCGUAGGAGCAAGGGAGGGGGGGUUGUUCAGUAGCAUAACUCUACAGGGUGUUAGGAGUAUAUAAUUUUCCGAUAAAGGAAGGACCCAAUAACCCCCUCCCCCCCCAAAAAAACCCACCCGUAUAGCUACACCCCUGUCAGCCACACCUUUCUACAUCAAGUGCUAUAUACGAAACCUGAACUAGCAUUGUUUUUGGUGAGUUAAAUAAAACGUCAAAUAUACCGUCAUGUCAACGAUCAUCUGAGGAUAAAAACACAACGAAAUUGACCACCAAAAAUCUUGGCUAAAAUCAUUUACUUCUCGUCUUUGACGAGUCUCGUCGUACUCCCGCGAAGAGAGUCAUGGCUACCGUAGGAUUCUCCACUCGAUACGGUAUCCGGGCUUUGUUUCUGUGGCAGAAAUAGAUCCAUCUCGGAGUUCUCGUUCGAGCCGUAGUAAGAAUCGUACAUAGGGUUGGAGAAAUCCACUUUACUGUCGCCAUCUUCAAAGAUGAGUUGACGAUUCACUUCGGCAUAGUCGUCUCUUGAAGGACCUUCUAGGAACAGCGAGUUGUACACGGGAUUCGCAAAGUUUACCU